AUGGUUUUCACCCAUGAUGAGGGUAGCUCCAUAGUUUGCUACCAUGAGAAGCAUGAUGGUUAUCCAUCAGGGUCAAUGGUUGACUUUGCAAGCGACGCAGAUGGGUCUUCGAUUUUAGCUGUUAGUAGAUUGGUGUUUCAUUCAAAGGACUUAGCAACUAAUGGUAAGUGUUCAUUGCUUAUGGCUAGAGAUCCUGAGGAUAGGACAGAUUUAGUGAUAACUCUGCAUGGUGAUGCUAUUCUUGUCUCUGAAAUUGAUAAAGCAUAUGUUCGCAAUGCAUAUUUGGCGAGCCAUCCCAAUGCAUUUUGGGUUGACUUUGGCGACUUUCAAUUCCUGUGCAUUCAACCAAAAGUGGCGAGAUAUGUGUCCGGGGUUGCGACGGCUUUGCUAGGAUCUGGAGAGUUUAGCAAUGAGGAGUAUAAAGAUGCAAAAGUUGAUCCAAUUGUUCAGUUCUCUAAGCCUGUUACUCACAUGAAAAAGGAUCAUGCUAAUGACACAAAAGUCAUUGUGCAACAUUCAACAUCUAUUCCGGUAAUGAGAUCUAUACAAUUAAAUUUAAAGGAGAAUCAUUUCCCCUCUUCUUUUCUCUGUUUGCUUCUAAUGUUGUCUGCCUUUGAUAAUUCUAGAUAUUCAUGUGCGUUAGUUUCCUCUGUUUUUACAGCUUUUUUCACUGCUGCAAUUUUCAACUUUUAUGUUGGAUGA